AUGGUACAUCAGAAGGAUAUUGUGAUACUUGAGAAGGAUAGGGAGCUACAGGAGAAGGAUAGGGAGCUACGUCAGUCUCAAGAGGCAGUUCAUAGGUACCAGCAACAAGCACUUACUGAUGAUCACUGGGUUAUUAAUAAAGAUGAGGUGACUUUGACAGAGGAGGAGUUAGAAAGAGGAUCUUAUGCUGUCGUUACAGUUGGUAUCUUUAGAGGUUUAAGUGUAGCUGUAAAGUCACUUCAUACUAUCAUCAUCUCAGAUUAUAAUCUACGUCUCUUCUCCAGGGAAAUGAGUAUAGCAUCACGAGUACGUCAUCCUAACCUGGUCCAGUUUAUUGGUGCAACUAAAGUGGGUAAUCCUCUUGUCUUGACCGAGCUGAUGAGCACUAGUCUUAAUCAGGAGCUUCGCAGAAACCGAUUAACCAAUCAACAGAUUCUGAGUAUUGCUCAAGAUGUAGCUUUAGGCCUCAACUACCUUCACCUGUUUAAGCCUCAGCCUAUUAUUCACAGAGAUGUGAGCAGUCCUAACGUAUUAUUAAAGCCUUGCACUGGACCUGCUGGUUAUGAAGCUAAAGUAGCAGAUUAUGGUACAGCUAAAGUAGUGCAAGCUGAGAAUACUG